AUGUUUUUUUCCUUUUUAUUCCAGGAUGAGAGAUGUCACUUUGAUGGCCGAAAAGCCGCAGCGAGGGUUCAGUCUUUCUCAACCGAACACACCGGGAACGAGCAGACACUAAAAGUGAUGGUGAGCAGCCAAGGACCGAUCGCAAUUGCUGUGGACGCGGAUCGAGGUUUUCAUCAAUAUAGUCGAGGAAUCUAUCAAAGCCCCAGCUGUUCAUCUCGCAGCUUGAAUCAUGCCGUGCUGGUUGUUGGUUACGGUGAAGAUCGGGGCAACCGUUACUGGAUUAUCAAAAAUAGUUGGGGACCGGAUUGGGGCGAGGGCGGAUACAUCAGGCUGGCCCGUGACCAUGGGAACAUGUGCGGAGUGGCUACAAUGGCCAGUGUGCCCCAGCUCAGCUAA